UUGGGUCUCCCAGCCCCGGAAUUUCCCCGUGGUUUCGUUCCCGAAAUGGCUGUCUGGCCCUCGCUGUGGGUUUCUGAAUUGUCACGUGACCGUCAAGUGCUGGAGACCGAGGCUCGAAACUCCAACGGUGACGUCUCUAGCUGUUGCCCACCCGUGGACUAUCCCGACGAUGGCACGCGGACAAGCUUAAAACCGGGCUACUGGCCGAUGGAAUACUGUCGAAACAUGGCAAAGCUGUGCCUCAAAAUGACUUGUGAUGCCUACUCCGAAAAGCCCGACGCUGGGGAAUAA